AUGGUUUGUCAAAUAUUUAGGAAUCUCCUCUUUUAUUACGAUUCGGAGCAUUGCCACCGUCCAAGUGGCAUUUUACUUUUGGAAGGCUGCUACUGCGAGAGGCUGAUUACCACUGGGAGUGCGUCGAAGACUAAAGAUGGCUCCGAUAGGCAGUAUUGCUUCGCCAUUUCAUACAGAAAAGACAACAUCAGACAAUACGAGCUCCGAGCGUUGAACGAAAUGGAUUGCAAAAAUUGGAUCGAAGCCAUACGAGAGGCCAGUUUCAACAAACUCCUACUGCAAAUGGCAAAACUGGAACAGAAACACCUACACCUCCUCCAGAUCAUCGAAUCGGAGAAAACAGCCAAGUGGCAAUAUACACAGCAGUGUGACGAUUUUGCUUCUGAAAUAAAAAAGCUGAGAGCUGAGUGUUUGUCAACAUUCACCAACGAUUUAGAACUAAUGGACUUAGUACUAGACCUGAUGAACGACAGAAUGGGCAAGAAAGGAACAAUAACAGGAUUCUUCGUGAAUUUGAUAGGAAUCCAACAACAAGCAGUCGAAUAG